AUGUCAGCUAAGGGAAAUAGAACAAUUGGAGUUGUUAAUGGGAAAGAGGACUACAGCACAAUAAAAGAAGCGUUCACAUAUAUUAUUGAUGAAUUAAACCAAUUUAUUGCUGAUGGAAAACUUAAUGUUGAAGGUAAGGGACAUCAACAUUGAAUUUUUCUUGGGUGGGAAUUAUAAAUUUAUCCUUAUGAUACUGGGCCUGAAAUGGAGCCAUAUCUAAAUAUGCAUGUGCCUAGUGUAAAAUACAUAAGGAUGGAAGGUGGAAGAUGGAUCAGCAUUAUAGUUAUUACAAUGAACCUACACCUAUCAAGAUCUCUGGAAGAAAUUAUGGCUAUGAGCAAGAAAUCUACAGAUAAUUUCUGUUGUCAAACAUUUAACAAGACGACCAUGUAUUUCCAGAUGAACUACAUUUGCUAUAACAUGUAACUGAUAUUCUCACUGAGAACCUAAUACAAGAAUGCCUUGAUUUGGACAAGUACCACCUUUUACCGUUGUAGAGGUGCCCAGCGUGGAAUUCAUCUAAAGAAACUAGUCAAUACAAUUAGGUCUUGUGGUUUUUCUUUUGACGUUUGGGAGAAGAGAGAUGGAGAUGGAAAGUUAAGUGGCAAGCACUAUUGGACAAUUCUGUUGGGUUCUGACAAGAAAGUGUUUUGGCUGAGCUACCGCCAAAAUUGGUAGAUGUUUUGUACCAAGACACAAACAUUUGAAGGUGUUAUCAACAUAUGGCAAGGAUUUGAAUCAGUUUACAAGGUCAUUACCAAUUGGGCCCCUGAAAAAAAAUCCACACACUUUUGGAUGAUGGCAAAGGACUGGGUAAAGUAGACGGAUUACCACCUAUAUUCAUGUUGUGGUUCAACACUUUACCAAAUUUCUUGAGCUACACCGGUCAGUAAAAAUUCAUGGGGCAUGGAGUGGAAAAAAAAAUAUUGCUUGGGGGAUAGUACUGCGAAAACCAAACAAAUGGGAUGCGACUGCUGAUGUUCUACGACACGAGAAGAGGCAGUGGGAACUGAAAGAGUGCAAAAGGAUGCCAAGAAGUUAUGGAAAAAAGGAUGACAGAUACUGGGAAAGUGACAUCAGGAAAAACAGGGAAAAAGGAAUAGGGUAAGUGUUAAACUGUAAAUCCACGAGACAUCAGUUGAGAAUCAGACAAAUGCAGAUACAUCAAGUACUGGUUCUGCUCCCAUUCCUGAGGCACCCCUAAUUGCCAACCCCAGUACGGGCACAAGUGCAAACCCAGGUGCCAGCACUAGUUCCAGCAUUGUGGAGUUUUCAAGAUUGAACAUUAAACAAUUAAGACAAGAAUUACGAAAUCGAAAUGGUAAAUGAUUUAGCAGAAAAAAUAAAGCUGAACUAAUUGAACAAUUGAAACAAAUACAAGAAGAACAGUAAGAACACAAUGUUAUAGUCACAGUUAAUUGAAGAAAGCUUGUGCUGACCACUGCACCAAAUUGUAAACAGUAAACAUACUGUAAAUAACUACAAAUUUACAUAAUAAUAGCAUAUAUUUUAGAUUAAUUAAGUGAACAUUUAACACAAUAUCAACACAAACUACUUCAAAUAAGAGAUAAAUAAAGAAUAAACAUGUGAAACCCUAAGUCCUAUUUGAAUAACUAUGCCUAUCGGCAACUUUAUUCUGUCAAUAGAAUAAAUCCACCUUCAAGAAAUCAUUCUCUUCCCAGUAUUUUUUUGAGCAAUACAAGAUCUAUGGUUAAUAAAUUGGAAGACGUUUCGGCUACAAUCUCGCUGAAUAAUCCUGAUAUAGCCGUAAUUACAGAGUCCUGGCUUACAUAAUGUAUAAACGACAAAUUAAUAAAAAUCCCUGGCUAAUCUAUCUGCCGUAAAGUUAAAACAAAUUGUGUUGGAGGAGGUUUGUGCACAUAUAUAGUUGUACAACCUUAAAUUUUAUUGAACUUAAAGAACUUCAAAAUCCAGAUAUCGAGUGCGAGUUGUUGUUUCUUAAACCAUCUUGUCUUCCCCGUGGAAUUAACAAUGUAAUUUUGGGCGCAGUGUAUCACCCAAACAAUGACAAUACUCUACGUGCACACAUUUUUGAGGCAUUUGAUAAAGCACUAACUAUCCGAACUCUGCAAUAAUAUCAGCUGGCGAUUUUAAUAAAUUCACACCUGGAAACUUGUGUUUGUCCUUUAAACUGAAACAAUUUGUUGAUAAACCUACCAGUAGAAGCAAUAUUUUGGACAAAAUUUACACCUCUGUUCCAAAUUUUUAUGAUAAAGUUCAUUUUCAUCCUCCCAUAGCAACGUUGGAUCAUUCAAGUGUCCUUUUGUCGCCGAGUGCACCAUCUUCUUGUGAGAGAAUUCCAAAGAAACUAAUUCAGUUUAGAGCCUGUAAUCCCUCCCACAAGGGUGCCCUUCGACGUUUUCUGAACACAUAUGACUGGUCUACACUUUCUGAUCUUGGGUCUUGUAUGGAGAAACUAGACUGUUUCAUGUCCAUUGUUCAGUUGGCAUUGAAUAUGUAAAUUCCUAUUCGCACCAUCAAAGUUCAUCACAAUGAUAAACCUUGGAUGACCCAAAAAAUCAAAGAUUUGAUUUCAAAAUGUCAAAAGACGAAAGGCCUCACUUUUACGUAUAAAUUUUACAGAAACAGGUGCAGUUGUGAAUGCAAACAAGCCUGUCGCCGCUUCUAUGAAGAAAAAGUCAACAAUAAUGGAAACGUCAAUCCAAGUAAAUGGUGGCGCCAAGUAAAACAAUUAGCCGGCCUAUCGAAACCUAAUCUUCUAACCAGUAUAUUUCAUGAUGGUGAGUUCCAUUAUGGCAAGGAUCUAGCUGAGAUAAUGUUUCUUUUUGUAAAUCAACAGAAGAUAUCCUAUCACUACCAAGGGAACAAAUCCGACUUUCUCCCAACACCUUGUUUGUUGACCCUGUACGAUUAUAGCAUCAGUGUCAACUCAGUUGAAAAGGCAUUGGCCCAAAUCCAAACGAAAAAAUCAAUUGCCCAGAUUCAAUACCAAACUGGAUCUUAA